AUCUCACUCUACUCAACCGCCUCCUCUCGCACUCACCUGUUCUUCCCUCUCUUUCUCUCUCUGUCUCUCUCCUUCUCUCGUUCCUAGGUUUUCAUUUUCCCCUCGGAGAGAUGGCAGUGUCUGAUGGAUCCCCGACCCCGCAGAUGGUUGGCAAUGCUUUUGUGGAGCAGUAUUACUCUAUCCUGCAUCAAGAUCCAGGCCAAGUUCAUAGAUUUUACCACGAUACCAGUGUCCUAAGUCGGCCUGAAGAUGACGGUACCAUGACAACGGUGACCACUAUAGAAGACAUCAAUAAAAAGAUACUAUCCCUGGACUACACAAGCUUUAGGGUAGAGAUUUUGAGUGCUGAUGCUCAGCCGUCUUAUAAAGAAGGGGUGAUGGUUGUCGUGACUGGCUGCUUAACUGGAAGUGACAAUUUGAAGAGGAAGUUUACUCAGUCAUUUUUCCUAGCUCCACAGGACAAAGGAUACUAUGUUUUGAAUGAUGUAUUUAGAUAUGUUGAUGAAUACAACUCAAUUGAGAUUGAGUCUGUGCCAGUAAAUGAUGUUGCUGAAAGUGCCCAAGCUGAUGCUUUUACCCCUGAACCAGAGCCAAUCCCUGUUCCUGAAAACAUUCCACCUAGUCAAGCAGCUACUGUGGAUGCUGAAACUAGCAUCAGCAAAGAAGCAAGUCAACCACUGGAGAAUGGAAAAUUGUCUGCUGCUGAUUCUGUUGUUCCAGUUAAUCAUGUGAAAGAACCAAACUAUCAGGAACAUCAACCAAGCAUUGAGAAAGUUGCUUCUAAUAUGCAGGAUGAUGCUCCAAAGAAGUCUUUUGCAUCCAUUGUGAAUGCAUUGAAAGAAAAUGCUGCUCCCUUCCAUGUGAGGACAUCCCCUGUGAAACCUGUAGAACAACCACGUGUAUCUAAUGUGCCUGCAUUAGAACCACAAGCACCUGCACCUGUCCCUGACAGUCCGUUGGAAAAGAACACUGAGAAUACAGGGAAGGCUUAUGCAAUAUUUGUUGCAAACUUGCCAUUGAAUGCAACAGUAGAACAACUAGAACGGGUCUUCAAGAAAUUUGGGCCCAUUAAACGUGAUGGUAUUCAAGUGAGAAGUAACAAGCAACAAGGAUCCUGCUUUGGUUUUGUGGAAUUUGAAUCUGCUACUUCAAUGCAAGGAGCCCUCGAGGCCUCUCCUCCAGUUAUGUUGGACAACCGUAAACUUUCAAUUGAAGAAAGGCGAGCCAAUAAUGAUAGGGUGAGAUAUCCAUCAGGACGGGGUGGAUACCGAAAUGAUAGAAAUGAAAACUUCAGGGGCCGUGGCAACUUUGGAGGUGGUCGUGGCGGAGGUGGCGGCGGCUAUCUGAACAGGAAUGAUUUUGAGAAGCGGAAUGAGUUCUCUGGUCGACCUCGAGGAGGCAAUGCUAAUGGUCGGAGCAAUGGAGAAGCUGUUCCAAGGAGUUAUGCAAAUGGAGGGAAGGUUGCCCGUCAACCAGUGAAGGUUCAGUAAAGUUCUUCAUUUUGUUGGCAAUUGAGUGAACAUUGGCAUUCUCCGAUAGAUAGCGGCUUUAGGGAUUUUGGUGUGCAAUUGGAUUAGAGUUUUUCUUCGUUGUAGCUGUUGUGAUCCUUCUACUUAUGAGUUCGUUGGCUAAACCAAGUUAUUACUCAUACCUUCGUCUCCCUUGCUUUUUUGAUCUCUUCCAAUUUUGUUACGUUUUGUAUCUAAUUUUCUUGAAUAAUUGUUUGGAAUUGGUUACGGUUACACUCCAUUUUUUAAUACAAUUUUUUUGGUCGCUUAUUCA